AUGGGCAAGAGGAACAAAGGGCGGGGCGGACAGCGGAACCAGCAGCCCGCUCAGCAACGCCAGGUGCUGCCGCAGCCGCAGUGUCAGCAGCAGGCGCAGCAAGGGGAGGCGGACGGAAAGGCGGAGGAUGGGAAGAGGGAGGAUUCCGCGAGCGGCGCUGCGCAGAACGCGUCGCAGCAGCAAGGCUGCGGUGAAGAUGGGGUUGUGGCGGCCGUGCUAGUCCCUGUUGAAGCCAACUCGCCAAGCAACGUGCCCGUGGCAGCAGCUCUCCGGGGGUGCAACGAGGAGGGCAUGGGGGGUGAAGACGCGGUGGCGGGGGGCAGUGGUGGUGAGGGAGUGAUGGAGGGCGUGGCGUGGCAGUGGCGGCAGCUGCAGGCCAGCAUGGCGCAGCAGAUCGACACCAUGGCGGCACAGCAAGCAGCGGUGGCAGCCAGAGAGGCAGCCGCGGGGGAGAGGGAGGAAGGGGUGACGCAGAAGGAGGAGCGAGUGAGGGCGAGGGAGGAGAGGGUGAAGGAGAGGGAGGAAGGGGUGACGCAGAGGGAGGAGCGAGUGAGGGCGAGGGAGGAGAGGGUGAAGGAGAGGGAGGAGAAAGUGAGGGUGCGGGAGGAGAAGGUGAGGGCGCAAGAGGUGGAGUGGCAGAAGCAGAGAGGCACGGCUGCUGUGGCUGCCACGAUUUCUGGUGGCGGAAAAGUGGCUUCACAGGCGAAGAUGGCUGAUCUGUGCCGCAGGGAGCAGCAGCUACACGCAAACCAGGUGAGGCAUGUGCAGCUACACGCAAACCAGGUGAGGCAUGCGCAGCUACACGCAAACCAGGUGAGGCAUGUGCAGCUACAGGCAAACCAGGUGAGGCAUGUGCAGCUACAGGCAAACCAGGUGAGGGAUGUGCAGCUACAGGCAAACCAGGUGAGGGAUGUGCAGCUACAGGCAAACCAGGUGAGGGAUGUGCAGCUACAGGCAAACCAGGUGAGGGAUGUGCAGCUACAGGCAAACCAGGUGAGGCAUGUGCAGCUACAGGCAAACCAGGUGAGGCAUGUGCAGCUACAGGCAAACCAGGUGAGGGAUGUGCAGCUACAGGCAAACCAGGUGAGGGAUGUGCAGCUACAGGCAAACCAGGUGAGGGAUGUGCAGCUACAGGCAAACCAGGCAGCGGUGGCGGCGCAGCAGAGGCAGGUGUUUGAGGUGGAGCGGGAGCUGGCGGGGCGGGAGAGGGCUCUGCAGCAGGCCUGGGCUCAGCACCGCCUGCACCUGCAGACCAUUGGGUGGACUGCGGCACAAGGGGGCGGGGCGCAGGGGCAGGGGCAGGGGCAGGGGCAGGGGCAGGGGCAGGGGCAGGGGCAGGGGCAGGGGCAGGGGCAGGGGCAGGGGCAGGGGCAGGGGCAGGGGCAGGGGCAGGGGCAGGGGCAGGGGCAGGGGCAAGGGCAGGGGCAGGGGCAGGGGCAGGGGCAGGGGCAGGGGGGACAGGGAUUGCAACAAGAGAAGGAACAAGGGGGCGAAGUAACGGUUGUAGGUGCGCCUGUGGCUGCUGGCUCGACUGGAAGGAAAGGGGAAGGGGAAGGAGGUGAUGGGGCAUCGGAUGUGGGAAGGCCGAAGAGCAGUGAGGGGCUUGUGGGACUGCAAGAGGGGGGAGGCAGUGGAGGGGACAGGGAUGUGGGUGCAGGGAGUGGUGAUUUGAGCUUAGAUGAUGCUGACGGUGCUUUUGCUGCUACCAGUGCUGCUGGUGUUGCUGGUGCUGCUGGUGCUGCUGGUGCUGCUGGUGGUACUGGUGCUGCUGGUGGUACUGGUGCUGCUGAUGCUGCUGGUGCUGCUGGUGCUGCCAGUGCUGCUGGCUUGGAGGGGGGCGGGGAGGGAGGGGCGAGAGCAGAGAUGGUGGGGGCAAGAGAGGGGAAGUCGGGAAGGGAGGGGGAAAAGGUGGAGGAGAGGCGAGGGUUGGCUGGGAAAGGGGAGCAGCAGGUGGGAAAAAAAGGGACAGAAAUGGAGGGGGAAGAUGAUGCAGGUGGUGCUGCGGAGGAAAGAGACGAGGAGCAGCAAAAGGUUGAGGAGGUUGGCAUGGAGUCAGACGCAGGAGGAGGGAGGGAUGCAGUGAGGGAUGGCAAUGAGGGUGUGGGAGGCCCCAGGGGGGCCGCAGAGGCAGAGAAAGAAAUAGAGGAAGAGAUGAGGUUAGGAGGUCAGGAUAGGGCUGUGACGGGGGGUGGAGGAGCGGUGCAAGAGAAGGGGUCUAAAGAGGGGGCGAUGGAGGGAGAGGGGAGGGACGGAAACGAGGCACGGGUUUUUGUGAACGUGAGAGAGGAGGCUGAGGGAGGAGGCGAGGGGGAGCAGCAGGGAGAGGAAGAGGUGUUGCGAGAGGGGAACAGGGGGAGAGGGGGGGUUGGGUCAUGGGGACAAGGGGGAGCAGAGGUUUGGGGAACUGGACAAGGAUUGGACAGGGAAGGAAGGGAAGGGGGAGAAUGGGGAUUGGGAAAGGGAGUAUCGAACAGAGUGAAAGAGGAGAGAUGGGCGGAGGGAGAGAAGGCCGAGUUGAGAGAAAGAUUUGAGGAGGGAUGGGGUGGGGGAGGGGAAGGUGCAUGGGGAAGCGAACAAGAGGAGGAAUUAGGAGGUGAGAGAAAAAGAUGGAGAGCGGAAGGAGGAGGAGGAUGGGGAGUGGAUGGGGAGGGGAUGACAGGAGGAGCGAGCGAGAGUGGAUGGGGGCGAGGAGGUGGGGAGAAUCAGUGGGGCAGGGAAGGGAGCGAGGAGGGAUGGGCAAGGGGGUAUGGUUCGUGUGCACAGGGGAGGUCAGGAUGGGGCAUGGGGGAGAGUAGUUUGGCUCAGGGGAGGGGUGAGGAGCAGCAGAAGGGGGAGCAGCAGGGCGAGGAUGGGUGGGAGGGGGGUGCGGACGCGGGAAGGCCAGGGGAGAAUGGGAGGAAGAAGAGGAGGGCCAAGGCGAAGAGGCAGAGGCAGGAGCAGCUGCUCACGUGUGGACUCAACUGGGGUCGUGCAAGCGCAAGCGGGCAAGGCGAGGUGUUCACGGGGGGUCAUGCUCCCGGCCCUCCUCCUCCUGCUCCUGACGCUCCCCCUCCUGCUCCUGGCGCUGCUGAUAAUUCCCCCCUUGCGCUGCCAGCUCCCCUUCCUGCAGCAUCAGUGUUGCCAGUUGGCCGUGCGAGGGACGCGGGAGAGGGGGAAGGAGCAAGGGCGGAGUCAUGUGGGCAGGCGGGAGGGCACCAAGUUGGGGGGGGUCAGAGGAGGCCGAAGCAGGAGGAGGAGGAGUGGGAAGGGUUGGGAAUGGGCGUGCAGGGUGAUGGUGAUACUGGGAGCAUGCUGCUGAACUAUAGUGCUGCUGCUGAGCCAGGAGCCUCUGGACCAGCAGCAGCAACAACGGGAGCACAAGUGAAGGUCGAAGCAGUGGUGACUGUAGAAGCAGGCACAGCACAGGCAGCAGCAGCAGAGGCAGGUGCAGACGUGGCAGCAGGUGUGGGGACGGGCGCGCAAGAGUGCAGGGUGGCAGUGAAAAUGGAGGCAGUGGGUGGAGAUGCAGAGAUGCAGGGAGGAGGCCGUGAGGGCUGGACGUGGGAUGGGUGUGGUGGAGGUGUGGCGGGAACAAGGCAAGGAUUGGGAGGUGCGAUGGAUGAAGGACAAGGGGGCUAUGACGAACAGAAGCAGGAUCAGGGGCAGGGGCAGGGGCAGGGGCAGGGGCAGGGGCAGGGGCAGGGGCAGGAACAGGGACAGGGGAAGGGGGCAGCGUGGAGAAGGAAGCAGAAGAGAAAGAGGAAGGCAGCUGCCAAGGCAGCAGCAGCGGAAGCAGGGACGAGCGAGGCCAAGGAGGCAAAGAGCUCUGCCACUUCUCUCUCCUCUCUUCUGCACUCCCCACUUCUUCUUUUCCCCUUCUGCCUCUCCUCCCACGGCACAGCAGCGGAAGCGCUGGAGUCAGACGCACCGGGGCUGCUGCAGGUGCUGCAGCAGAGGGGGCUGCUGCGCGGCAUCCAGCUCUUCGACCUCGCCUUCAUGCGCUCAGCAGGAACAGCAGGACCACCAGAAGCAGCAGCAGCAGAAGCAGCAGCAACCGGCAGCAGUGAGGAGCAGCCGCACACGGCCCCCCACGCUGGUCUCCUCCCCUCUCAGAGGGGCGAGCUGGGGGACGGGGUCGGUGGGACUGAUGUCAGCUGUGGCAACGGGAUGGCGGGGCAGAGGGGGGAGAUGGGGGUGGAUGGGGUGGAUAGGGUGGAUGGCGAGGGGCAGGCAAGGUGUAAGAUGGAGUGGGAUGAGGGAGGGGUGGGUGCUGGGCCUGGCGUUUGGACAGAGCUUGAGUGCACGCACUCUGGUGAUGCUGUGGCAAUGCCUCAAGCAGAAGCAGCAGCAGCAGGAGGAGGAUCAGGAGCAGGAGAAGCAGCAUCAGCGCCAGUGGCAGUGCCCUCUGACUUCUCCGACCUGCAGAGGAUUCUGUCCCGGCUCUACUCGCACACGUGGGAGCGCCUGCCAGGGCAGGUGGCGGGGGUAGGGGGCGGAGCAGGAGCAUGGAAUCGGCCAGCGUACUGCGUGGAGAACCUCGUCGCUCUCAUCACCCAGGCGCACGCGGUGCAGCAGGCGGGGUGGCAGGUGUCGUGGGGCUGGUGUGGGGCCAUCCGCUGCUUCCUCUUUGUCUUCCCAGACCACAACAGGAUCAUAUUGGAGGAACCAGAGUAUGGCAGAACAACCCACUUCACCAGCCCUCCCAAGCCUGACCAUCCUCCCUCCCUGCACAUCUCCCCUGGACCUGUUGCCCGGCAGGAUGAUAUUGGAGGCGCCAGAGUACGUACGGCCGGCAAGGCCAUCUACUUCUUUGAGCUGGAGGGGUGGAUCAUAUUGGAGGCGCCAGAGUACGGCAAGGCGACCUACUUCUUUGAGCUGGAAGCGGGGGUGGCGGUGCGCUGGCAGCUGCAGCGCCUGCUCGCUGUCUUUGGCGCCGCCUCUGUGUCGCGCAUCGACGUCAUCACCAACCUGCCUCUUGAGGUCCACACCUCUCAAAUUGCUGCCCACCUCGUGUGCCUCCGCAGUCCCAUACCUCCCCUCACUUCCCUCUUCCUUUCUGCCACUUUUGAGAAUGAUAAAAAGCGUCUCUUCCUUUCUUCCCGCCAGGUGGGAGUGGACCUAUCGGAGGAGGAGGCGGGGCGGUUGGAGCGGUACGGGUGGGUGCGGGGCACGGGCAUCGGCGAGCUCCUCAACUUCUGCCACCGCCUCCGCCACGACUACUCCUUCCCUGGCGUGGGGCAACGGAGCUCGGAGGAGGGGCGAGAGGUGGAGGCAGCAGGGUGGGUGCAGAGCAUAGAGGAGUGGAAGAGGCGCAUUGCCCUGCGGCUGAGGGAGGGGCGGCAGCAGGGCCGGUGCUCCCGCCUGCACCGCUACUGCCAGCAGCGUGCCUCACAGCACACUCAUGCUCUCAAAAGUGGUCUGCACAAUGGUCUGCAGGCCGAUGGGCACGGGGUGUUUGAUGCGAGCAGAGGGUCUGUUGGGGCUGCCGUGAUGCCGUCAACUCAGAAGUUCCCGGAAACUGCUGUAGCAGCUGGAGUCACUCCUAUGGCUGCCCCACUGCAGCAGAUUGACUCACAGGAGGUGCCUGUAAGCACCAAGGACUGCUGUUGCAGAGGCCGAGUGAGAGUGCAGCAGAUGGUGCUACAGUGA